CGUAUCUCAGUUUUGUAUCCAACACAAUAAAUGGUAUCAGGUCCCCAACACUUAUCGCUAUCCCUUACAGCGAGGCCCACCUGUGUCGUUCUCGUCCAUUCUUUUGGUUCAACAAUGGCGGCUUGCUCACACAACACUCUGCUACGCUCCCCCAAGCUCCGAGGCGCCAUCUCCUCGCCAGUCGAUGGUCCUUCCACCGCUACCGAACACUUACCCUCGUGUUGGGACAUUCUCGGGGCUUGACCACAUCAAUUUCACGAGUCCGAUAUCAGCUGG